AUGAGCAUGUUGAGCAGUAAAGGUGAAUUGAACAUUUGGUCCAACGGUGCUUCACCACUUGUAACACCUGAUCCUAGAAGACUGAUCACACCACCUCAACAGACUUCGUACAUUGUUACUCCUGUUGUAAAGUCUGCGUCUCUUACUCAAGCAUUCAGAGACUCGGGCGGGAGCGGCGUUGUUGAUAUUAAAUUGGAGAACCUACAGCCAUCUGGUUCUGUUACUAUGCGUGUUAUGGAUUAUGCGGUCAAGAUGAUUGCGGAGCAAAGUAGUAAGGUACAUAUUGUCGUUUCGUCUACUGGUAACGCAGGCGUUUCGGCGGCCAUAGCGGCAUCUCAUUACAAAUUGGGUUGCACUGUUGUUGUUCCCGAAACAGACACCCACACGAAGGCUCGUUUAGAGCUGGAGGCUCCUCAUACUAGGCUUGUGUGCUUCGGUACUUCUUACGAUCAAGUUGUUGCUAAGGCUGAAAGUAUUGUCUCGGCCGGCAAUUCAUCUGCUUCUAGUUUUGCUAAUAUUCCGAUGACCCUUCUUAACGUCUACGGUUGCACCGACGUUCAUAUUGGCUACAUGUCGAUAAUAGACGAGCUUACAGUUCCACCCGAUGUAAUUCUCUUACCUUUUGGUGGUGGCAUUUUGAUGUGUGGUAUCAUCAACAGACUAGUAUCUCGUGGUUGGCACUCAACUCAUGUGAUUGGAGUUGAACCUGAGAACAUUCAGCGCUGCAGCACCUCCUUUAGUGAGUUUCGCCAAAUCGCCCCACCACCUGGCUCAAAUACUGUGGCUUCAGGCCUCAAUGUGGGUGCUCCAUCAAUGAAGUGGCUUUACAUGCGUGUUUCUUCGCCUACAACAGCCAGUGUUGUCACUGUUACUGAAUCAGAGAUUGUUGAUUCAAUCAGAAGACUUGCGGAGGAUUGUGGUCUAUUACUCGAUCCCAUCUCAGCUGUUGCCGCUGCUGCAAUCUAUAACGGCGGCGUCGCUCGAGUUCAGAAACAAAAGCAGUUACCGCAAAAUCUUAAGGUCCUUCUUCUUAUCACUGGUGGUCGAAAUAUUUCACUUAAAGAUCUCGCCGAAAUGGAAGCAAGUGUUGCGAGGAAUGAUGUCCGACAACAGCCAGCUCUUCAUGAUAACGACCCUACUCAAAAUCAUCAGCCAUUCUAUCUGAAGACGGUUGAUGACCUGUGCAAUGACGAUGAUGAUGAUAAGGAACAAAUAGUUUUACCGAAUACAUCUUCUCCUAAGGAAUCUAUUUCCUUAGCAGAAAGCUCUAAAGCUGUUGACUACGAAAAUGUUAGUAAAAUCAACGAUAAUAAGGACGAGGUCGUUGAACUCAACACUCUUUGA